GCUGGAGCUCCGCGGGCCGGAACCUAGGAGUCGGGGCUCCCCAGCCACACCCCUCGCGGGACUUAAAGAGGCCGGAGGGGCUGGGCCGGGCAGAAGCCCGAGCCGAGGGAGCGGGUAUGAGACGCUGCCCGUGCCGGGGGAGCUUGAGCGAGGCGGAGGCCGGGGCGCUGCCCGGGGCGGCCCGUAUGGGGUUGGAGGCGCCGCGAGGCGGGCGGCGGCGGCAGCCGGGACAGCAGCGCCCUGGGCCCGGCGCAGGGGGCCUGGCGGGGCGACCGGAGGGGGGCGGGCCCCGGGCCCGGAUCGAGGACUUCUGCUUCCACACCGAGCCUGAGAGGGCCGGCCUGGGGCGUCAGUCGAAGACGGAGGACCCCGGGAGAAAAUCCUGGACAGACGGACAAGCGGAGCCUGAGGCAGCUGGCUUCGGAGCAGAGACGGAGAGGCCCAGCCAAAGGCCGGAGCCAGGCAGGUCCAGACUCCGGACAUAUCCAGAGAGGAGCAGCCACUGGUCAAAGCUGGAGAGGACCGGGUCCUGGACGGAGACUGGGAAAGAUGCCUUUUGGAUCAAACCCCACUGGUCGGACCCCCAAUCCCAGCCAGAGAGGGCCAGCCUCUGGACACAGCCAGGGGUUGAUGGGCUCUGGACAGAGCUAGAAACAGAUGGGCCACAGGCCCAGCCAGAGAGAGCCAAGCCCUGGGCUAGCCUCAGGACCCACCAGAGGAGGUCUAGCCUCCAGACUCAGCCAGAGGAGGCCUGUCCCUCCACAGUGUCAGAUGCUUCUGGCUCCUGGAAAGCAUUUCACGCUGAUGGCUCCCAGACACUACAGGAUACUGAAACAGCCUGGAAAGAGCUGGGUCCUGGUGAUUUCCCAACACAGAAUACCCAUGGCUCCUGGACACAGCCUGGCACUGAUGGUUUCCAGAUACAAGAAGACACUGAUGGCCCCCAGACAGAGCCCGGGACAGACCGCGUUUCAGGGGAGCCCAAAGGAGAGCGCCUGUUAGAGGAACCGCAACCUGGGGAGUUGGUGGCUAACCUGUACUCUCAGCUGGAGCGUAGCCUCCUGUGUCCUGUGCCCCGCCUCAUCAUCACCCCUGAGACCCCUGAGCCCGAGGCCCAGCCUGAGGGACCCCCCUCCCGGUUUGAGGUGGGCAGUGGCGGCUUCUCCUCUGCCUCCUCCUUCGAUGAGUCUGAGGAUGACGUGGUGGCCAAGAGCGGAGGUGCCAGCGACCCUGAGGACAGGUCUGGGAACAAGCCGUGGAAGAAGCUGAAGACGGUUCUGAAGUAUUCGCCCUUCAUGGUUUCCUUCCGUAGACACUACCCUUGGGUCCAGCUGUCCGGACACGCUGGGAACUUCCAGGCAGGAGAAGACGGUCGGAUUCUGAAACGUUUCUGUCAGUGUGAGCAGCGCAGCCUGGAGGAGCUGAUGAGGGACCCCCUGCGGCCUUUUGUGCCAGCCUACUAUGGUGUGGUGGAGCGGGAUGGGCAGGCCUUCAACCAGAUGGAAGAUCUCCUGGCGGACUUCGAGGGCCCCUCCAUCAUGGACUGCAAGAUGGGCAGCAGGACCUACCUGGAGGAGGAGCUGGUGAAGGUGCGAGACCGGCCCCGGCCCCGGAAGGACAUGUACGAGAAGAUGGUGGCUGUGGACCCCGGAGCCCCCACCCCUGAGGAGCACGCCCAGGGCGCCGUCACCAAGGCUCGCUACAUGCAGUGGAGGGAGACCGUGAGCUCGACCUCCACCCUGGGCUUCCGGAUCGAGGGUAUCAAGAAAGCCGAUGGCACCUGCAAUACCAACUUCAAGAAGACACAGGCACAGGAGCAGGUGACAAAGGCAUUGGAGGACUUUGUGGAUGGGGACCGUGGAAUCUUGAGGAAGUAUGUGGCACGCCUUGAGGAACUUCGUGAAGCUCUGGAGAACUCCCCCUUCUUCAAAACCCAUGAGGUGGUGGGCAGCUCCCUCCUCUUUGUGCACGACCACACUGGCCUGGCCAAGGUCUGGAUGAUCGACUUUGGCAAGACAGUGGCCCUGCCGGACCACCAGACGCUCAGCCACCGGCUGCCCUGGGCCGAGGGCAACCAUGAGGAUGGCUACCUCUGGGGCCUGGACAACAUGAUCCACCUCCUGCAGGGGCUGGCCCAGAGCUGACCAGGGGCUCCCCCACCAGAUUUAUUUAUUGGAUGGUACCAGUCUGGCCAAAGGAGCCCUGAGAUGUACUGGGGACCUGAGGCAGGCAGUGGAGGAGCUGACCCCAGGAACGGGGGAGGUGGUGGUAUGCACCAAGUGAGACCUGCGUGGAGAACAGGUAGCACCAGCCCUUUUGUGAUACCAGGUUGCAAGGUCCACCAGGAAGCAGGACAUGGCUGAGUCACAGCCAACCAGCUGAGCUGGAACGUGGUGCCUGACCAGCCGGGGUGGUUUCUGACAGGCUGCCCUGGAAGAGCACAAUUCGGAUGUCACGGAUCAAGGUGUGACACAAGGGUGCCUGACUCUGACUGUAUGAAUGACCUGUAAUCACAGCUUCCGUGUGCGCUCCCUCCCGGCUGUCACAGGCUUCCUGAGGCCAGGGACCUACCCGGGUCCGUCUUUGGAUCCCCAGGGGACCAUCAUUUGUGAACAGAUGCAGACUCUGCUUCUGUCUGCCUCAGACCAGGUAGGGCCCAACCUCUUUUUCUGAGGCCUUCAAGUACCGAGGGGCAGGAUGCACGGGCCCAGCCUGCCCCUGCUGGCUGCAGAUACCGCCUCGGGACUGGGACCCCUGGCUCACGGCCAUUCCUUCCUGGGCCUCAAGAGAUCUCUGCAGACCUGCAGACCAAACCACAGCCACAUCCGAGCCCCUGUGCCAACACUGUGACUGGCACCUGUUCCUCAGGGCACCACAUUCAGCCUCCAAGGACCAUGCCGUCCUGACCCCCGCCCCAGCUCUUCUCCUCCUUCCCAGUGUCUGGGGUGGCAGGAAGGAGGCAGCGGAGGCAGGUUCCUCCUUGGGACUCAAAACUGCCACCCUUGGGAAGACCCCAUCUUGUCCCUGGCCCCUGUGGUGCAAAGGAGGGCCGGGCCUAUGGCCGGGCCCAAACCAAAGACUAGGGAACCCUGAAAUGUAGCAAAUGCCCGCACCCCCGGCACCUGUAACUUUGCCCUCCUGGCCCCCGGGGGUGGGCCUGGGGAGGACAGGUACCUACCUCUUCCCUCAGCGAAACAAAGCUCUAACGUCUUCCAGGGCUGGGGAGACACACUCCUUUUCUACUGACCUUUAUACUUAUUUAUAGGAGAGGUAGCUGGUAGAUGGGUGGCGUUGGGAGAGCAGGAGGCCAAGUAUGUGCCUUCCCCCAUGAUGCCAUCCCAAUAAACAGCCAUUCGACGUCAAA